CUCCAGGGACACCAUGUCACUCUCAGGACCUGGCUCUGCACUGUCCUGGCGCCUGUCUGCACAGAGCGGGGCGGCGGGCAGGGCCAGGGGCCUGUCUGCCUCCAGCCUCGCGGGUGGCUCUGGGGGCAGCGCCCUGGGCCUUGGAGCUGGUGGUGCUGGGGGCUUUUCUGCAGCUUCCAUGUUUGGGUCCAGCUCUGGCUUUGGUGGUGGCUUUGUAUGUGCCCCGGGCACUGGUCACGGGGGAGCCUUGGGAAGCAGCUUCGGAGGGCUGGGGAUGGCCUUCGGGGGCAGCCUGGGAGCUGGCUCUGCAGGCAUUCUCUGCAGCAGCGACGGAGGCCUGGUUUCUGGGUCAGAAAAAGCCACCAUGCAGAAUCUGAAUGACAGACUGGCGUCCUACCUGGAGAAGGUCCGAGCACUGGAGGAGGCAAACGGCGAGCUGGAACAGAAAAUACGAGACUGGUAUGAAAGACGGGUUAGCGGGGACCCUGCGUCCCAGUAUGAUUACAGUAAAUACGACCCGCUGAUCGAAGAGCUCAGGAACAAGAUCAUUUCCGCCAGCAUCGGAAACGCCCAGCUCGUCCUGCAGAUCGACAAUGCCAGGCUGGCGGCCGAGGACUUCCGGAUGAAGUACGAGAGUGAGCUGGCCUUGCGCCAGAUGGUAGAGGCGGACAUCAACGGGCUGCGCAGGGUGCUGGACGAGCUGACCCUGGCCAGGGCCGACCUGGAGGCACAGAUCGAGAGUCUGCAGGAGGAGCUGGCCUACCUGAAGAAGAACCAUGAAGAGGAGCUCCAGAGCUUCCGGGCCGACGGCCCUGGCGAGGUCAGUGUGGAAAUGGACGCGGCCCCGGGCGUGGACCUCACCAGGCUGCUGAACGCUAUGAGGGCGCAGUACGAAGCGGUUGCGGAGCAGAACCGCAAAGAUGCAGAGGCCUGGUUCUUGGAGAAGAGCGGGGAGCUCCGCAAGGAGAUCAGCACCAACACCGAGCAGCUGCAGUCCGGCCGGAGCGAGGUCACCGACCUGCGACGCGCGCUGCAGGGCCUGGAGAUCGAGCUGCAGUCCCAGCUCGCCGUGAAGAAAUCCCUGGAGGAGUCGCUGGCGGAGACGGAGCGCGACUACUGCGGCCAGCUGUCCCAGGUGCAGCAGCUCGUGGGCCAUCUGGAGGCGCAGCUGCAGCAGGUGCGCGCCGAUGCAGAGCGCCAGGGCGCAGAGCACCAGCGGCUGCUGGACGCCAAGGCCCGGCUAGAGCUGGAGAUCGACACCUACCGCCGCCUGCUGGACGGGGAGGCCGCGGGUGAGGCUCUGAACGAGAGCUCAGCUCUAACCGAAUGCAAAUCCCAAGCUCCAUCCACCGACUCAUCCAAAGACCCAAGCAAAACCCGAAAAAUCAAGACCAUCGUGCAGGAGGAGGUGAAUGGGAAGGUGGUCUCAUCUCAAGUCCAGGAAAUUGAAGAACUGAUGUAGAAAUCUCACCAGAUCGGCCCGUGAUUUGCUCCUAGGAAUGAGAAAUUGGCUUGUAGGAAUUAACCCUUUCAGAAUCACAUGCAGUGGUAGUUCAAUCUCUGUUUUGCUCGGUUCGGUUUUCUCUAGAUUCUCUCUUGCCUUGAGUUCUCUUUGUCUUUCUGAAGCAAGGGUCGGUUACGAGUCAAGGUGACCAUGUUGAUCUCCAU